GUAUACUACUGUAUUGUAUAGAAUAAAAUUAUAGAAAUUUGUGAUAAAUAUGCAUUGUUUUAAACGAUUACGAUAGCGACAUUAAGUUGAUUUUAUUGGUAAACUAAGAAACGACCAACCAUGAUAUCAAGAAAAGGACAAAAGGGUGUUAAUGAAGGUGUGGUUGGAAAAUACAUAAAGAAAGAUACUCCUCCAGAUUUGCCUAUUAUAAAUGUAUGGACUACUGGACAUAAUAAAAGACCUCGAAGCCAACCGUUUGGUACGAAUGAUCCUGUCUCACAAAGCCAUGAAAAUAAAUUUGGCAAGGCACAAACUAUGAGUGGACAUGCUGGCAAAUAUACACCUAGUGAGUCAGUACCAAAUUUAGCAUACAGGUUUGCCAGUUUAUCCACUAGUGACACAGCAAGCACAUCAAACAGCUACAAUUCUCAAUAUCUCUUAGAUUCUAAUGUGGCUUCUCAUACAACUUUGAAUGAUAGAGAUGACUCAUACCUGGCACUGAGUAGACAAACAAGCUACAGAUACUACAGGCAGCCACAACAAGAAGAUCCUAUUUAUCAGAAUCAGCAACAGGUCCAACAGCAAAAACAACAACAGUAUGGAUCACGUGAGUCCAGCAUGCCAAGGCUAUCUUCCAAUUUAAGUUUAACACCAAGACUGCAUUCUCCAUCUCCACAUACACUACAUCUGCAGAAUUAUACUGACUCAUAUGCUUCAUCAAGCCAGUCUUCUCCAAUUUACUCAAAUUGUAUGAAUACUUCAGUUAUGCCAUACAACAAGGCUCAUGGAAGUAAAAUAAUUACAAGUUCACAAGGAUCUGAUGAGUGUGAACUUCCUCUUCCUCCUGGAUGGUCAGCAGACCGAACUCUCCGUGGUCGCCGCUAUUACAUGGACCACAACACACAGACAACUCAUUGGACUCAUCCAUUAGAAAGUGUGCCUCAACCAUGGCAAAGAGUUUCCACACCUCACCAUGGAGUUUAUUAUUUCAAAUCGCAUUUGUUCCGCCUGUGCUACCACGUGCUGCAAUAUGGUGCCGCAUGCGAACGCGCGCUGUCGCAUUCUGCAGACAAAAAAGGCGAUCGCACAAAAACUGAUCAAGAACUAGAUCACAAGUUACGCUGGAACAUGUUCAGACUCAGUGAGCUGGACUGCUACUCUGAUAUGUUAACAAGGCUGUACAAGCAAGAAUUACAGCUUAUUGUUAUGAAGUUUGAGCGAUACAGCGAGAGGAACUGGGAAACCAUGUUCUCUUUCUGUGAAGCAGUUAUGUUUUCAAAGAAGGAGGAGCAUGUGAGGGAGCUAUCCUCCUCCUCACGCCCCAGUCGCCGCAAACCGAGCGUACAGCGCAUAGCAUUCCACACGCGCCCUCAAAGACUUAAUAGACCACCUCAGACAGGCCCCUAUAGGGCUGAUGUUUAG